UUUACAUAUAUUAAAGUGUACAAAUCUCAGCUGUAGGAUUUUGACAGACGAAUUGAGUCCCUAAGUCCUGAGUUGGUGGCAGCUGCAUCUGCUGUGGCAGAUUCUCUCCCUUUUGACAAGCAAAUAACCAAGUCAGAGCUGUUGAGGCAGCUCCAGCCCCAUGAGGAAGAGUCAAGGGCACAGAGAGAUGCAGAGAGACCUAAAAUUAGUUUCAGUAACAUAAUAUCAGAUAUGAAUGUUGCCAGAUAUGAAUGUUGCCAGAUCUGCUACAGCUAGAGUUCGUUCAAGACCAGAGCAUCAGAUUCAGUUUGACAAGGGCUAUGACAAUUAUCCUGGCCAGGAGAAGACUGUUGAUCUUACAAAAAGACUUAGGAAAAAUAUAUUCACGGGGAAAAGACUUAAUAUUUUUGACCUGACGGCAGUUACUAAAGACACACCUGAAACAGAGUUGAUGCUGGUGAAGACAUUCAUGAUUUAAACACCAGAUCCUGAAAUGUGUUAAAUCUACUUUGAAAUGAAUCUGCAAUCAGUAUUUCAAAGCUUUUCUGACACAUCACCUUCACUUUGGGAUGUGGAAUUUGCUAAGGAGUUAGCCACAGUCAAUGAACAACCCCUUCAGAAUGGGUUUGAAGAGCUGAUCCUAUGGACAAAGGAGGGGAAACUGUGGGAGUUCGCAGUUAACAGUGAAGCAGAGAAUGUUGUACCGACAACACAAAACCUCAGACUUGUGUUAUUCUGGCAGCUGAACAGACCCCAGGCUCUUCUGACUGGCAAUGGCGCUGGAAGCAGUCUGAUCUGUAGAGUUAUGGAUUCACUAACAGAUUCUACUAUAUGCUCUGACAACUAUGACCACAAUGGUCCACUCACAAAUGAAUUAUCAGGAGUGAACCCAGAGGCAUGUAUGAAUGAAAGUCCACAGACAAACGAAUUUAAAGGAACAACUGAGGAGGCACCUGUGAAAGAAAGCCCACACACAAGUGAAUUUAAAGGAGCAGCCCUGGUGUCACCUAUCAGUAAAAGUAUGUUAGAACGACUUUCCAAGUUUGAAGUUGAAGAUGCUGAAAAUGUUGCUUCAUAUGACAGCAAGAUUAAGAAAAUUGUGCAUUCAAUUGUAUCAUCCUUUGCAUUUGGAAUAUUUGGAGUUUUCCUGGUCUUACUGGAUGUCACUCUCCUCCUUGCCGACCUAAUUUUCACUGACAGCAAACUUUAUAUUCCUUUGGAGUAUCGUUCUAUUUCUCUAGCUAUUGGCUUAUUUUUUCUCAUGGAUGUUCUUCUUCGAGUAUUUGUAGAAGGGAGACAGCAGUAUUUUUCUGACUUAUUUAACAUUUUAGAUACUGCCAUUAUUGUGAUUCCUCUGCUGGUUGAUGUCAUUUACAUUUUUUUUGACAUUAAGUUGCUUAGGAAUAUUCCCAGAUGGACACAUUUAGUUCGACUUCUACGACUUAUUAUUCUGAUAAGAAUUUUUCAUCUGCUUCAUCAAAAAAGACAACUUGAAAAGCUGAUGAGAAGGCUGGUUUCAGAAAACAAAAGGCGAUACACAAGGGAUGGAUUUGACCUAGACCUCACUUACAUUACAGAACGUAUUAUUGCUAUGUCAUUUCCAUCUUCUGGAAGGCAGUCUUUCUAUAGAAAUCCAAUUGAGGAAGUUGUGCGGUUUCUAGAUAAGAAACAUCGAAACCACUAUCGAGUCUACAAUCUAUGCAGUGAAAGAGCUUAUGAUCCUAAGCACUUCCAUAAUAGGGUCGGUAGAAUUAUGAUUGAUGAUCAUAAUGUCCCCACUCUACAUGAGAUGGUGGCUUUCACCAAGGAAGUAAAUGAGUGGAUGGCUCAAGAUCUUGAAAACAUCGUAGCGAUUCACUGUAAAGGAGGCAAAGGAAGAACCGGGACUAUGGUUUGUGCCCUCCUUAUUGCCUCCGAAAUAUUUUUAACUGCCGAGGAAAGCCUAUAUUAUUUUGGAGAAAGGCGAACAGAUAAAACCCACAGCAAUAAAUUUCAGGGAGUAGAAACUCCUUCUCAGAAUAGAUAUGUUGGAUAUUUUGCACACGUGAAACAUCUCUACAACUGGAAUCUCCCUCCAAGACGGAUACUCUUUAUAAAAAGAUUAAUUAUUUAUUCGAUUCGUGGUGAUGUAUGUGAUCUAAAAGUCCAAGUAGUAAUGGAGAAAAAGGUUGUCUUUUCCAGUACUUCAUUAGGAAAUUGUUUGAUAUUGCAUGACAUUGAAACAGACAAAGUAUUAAUUGAUGUAUUCGACGGUCCACCUCUGUAUGAUGAUGUGAAAGUGCAGUUUUUCUCUUUGAAUCUUCCUAAAUACUAUGACAAUUGUCCAUUUUUCUUCUGGUUCAACACAUCUUUUAUUCAAAAUAACAGGCUUUAUCUACCCAGAAAUGAAUUGGAUAAUCCACAUAAACAAAAAGCAUGGAAAAUUUAUCCACCAGAAUUUGCCGUGGAGACACUUUUUGGCGAAAUGACUUCCAAUGACGUUGUAGCUGGAUCCGAUUAAGUAUAGCUACCCCUUCCCCUUCUGGGAAAGAAUUAUGUUCUUUCCAACCCCUGCCACAUGUUCAUAUGUCCUAAGUCUUCCUUAAU